GUUCGGAUAUCGUAGUCACAGUCACACGGUCAAAUCAGAUGCAUUCGAAGAGUUCGCGAUAUUAAGUUCAAAGACACGCUCGCUUCGCGUUACGUCAAACAAGCGACGAAAAAAAAGCACAACUUAUCGCAUCAAUCGCUCAAAAACAGAUCAAAUUCCAGGCGAAUUCCUCAGACAAAGCGAAAAAAUAAACAAGCCGAACUUCGUCAACUCUUUAUUCUUCUGUGUCGUGUUAUUUAAAUAAUGUGUUUACUAAUAAGCGCGAGAUAAACCGAGUGUGAAAAGUCCCCGUUGCGUCGACCGCGUCCAGUGAUAAGCGCGAAGUUGCCAAAAGAGUGCUCUUCCUCUCGGAAGAAGAAGAGGACCCCGAGUUGGUGUGUAGAAAGUGCGAGCGGCAUUUUUGGCCGCCGAAGAUGAACCUCUGCGCUCCGUAAACUUUCCCGUUUUUUUCUUUUAUCGCUGUGCAAAUAAUCGCGUCAAAAAUAACAUUCCGACCGCGGCGGUUCCUGGACGCUCUCUGCUGUUUUGACGCUCGAUCACGUGAUAGUGCAACAAUUGCUGGUGGACAAAUAUCUCCGCAGCCUCGAUUGACCCACUGGGAUUUUUAAACACAUGGUGAUCCUGGAGUUCCGGUGAGGGGGGAGCCCGGCCAUGCGCCUCGGCCUGGCUUCUCUGCUGGUCGCGCUAUUAUUAUUUUCUCCCUCCCAACCGACCUCGUCCACUUCUUCGCCCCUGGAGGAUGACGCAAACGAAGGAUUUCUGGCUCUCCACGCCGCCCCGACGCGUCUCUCCAGCACGACCAGCACCAAGCUCUUUUCCGGGAAGUCCACGUCCUCCGAGGAGGACUUCCACCGCAACGACCUGGACGCGGGCCACGGGAUCGUCUACGAGGACGACGAGAAGUACGCGCCGACGGAGGUCGUGUCGUUCACGGUGGUGGACAGGCACAGGGCCAACCUCACGAGCGACAACCUUAAGAGCGAGCCCUUGGCUAGGAAGAAGACGAUCACGGUUGGGUACCUCACGGCCGUCAAGGGGGAGUACAGGGAGAGGCAAGGGCUGGCGGUGUCGGGGGCUUUCAAAAUGGCAUUGGAUAAGGUUAACGAGGACCCAGAGCUGCUCCCCAACGUCACUCUAGUAAUGCGAUGGAACGACACUAGGGGGGAGACGGUGGCGGCAACUAAAGCUAUGACCGACAUGAUUUGUGACGGCGUUUCUGCUUUUUUUGGUCCAGAAGGUACUUGUUAUGUGGAAGCUAUAGUCGCCCAGUCAAGAAAUAUUCCAAUGAUUAGUUAUAAAUGUUCAGAUUACAAAGCUUCGCAAGUACCGACUUUCGCCAGAACGGAACCACCCGACACGCAGGUGACCAAGUCCGUCGUGUCGCUUCUAGAGUACUACAAGUGGAAAAAGUUUUCCAUAAUAUACGAGGAGGCUUGGCAGACUGUGGCCCAGUCCCUCGUCGACGAAGCCGAGAACAAAAACAUGACCAUCAACGACCAGGAAAAGGCCAAGGAUGGCUACAAAUGUUGUUCCGAAACGUUGCCUUGUUGUGGAAGCGGCUAUUGGUAUCAGUUUAUCCAAAACACAAAAAAUCGUACUAGAAUUUAUGUUUUUCUGGGGAGUUUGACUUCCUUGUUGGAUCUCAUGAUCACCAUGCAAACGGCUCAGUUGUUCGAAUACGGCGAAUACAUAGUAAUUUACGUGGACACCAACACGUACUCGGAAAAAGACGCACACCAGUACCUCUGGAAGCCGGAAGUUUUUGCAAAGUACGACAGUUGUGACAAAAAUGACUACAAUGGGUUGAUCAAACGAGGGAGAUCUUUGUUCGUGGUAGUACCCACUGCACCCACAGUGAAGUACGCCGAAUUCACGAAGGACGUCAACGCGUACAACUCCAAAGAACCGUUCAACUUUGAAACAUCAAAAAUACUUUUAUCCAAGUCGUUCGAAAAAUACGUAUCCAUCUACGCUGCAUACUUAUACGACUCCGUCAUGCUAUACGCAAAAGCUUUGGACGAACUGUUAAAGAAUCAGACAAAGUUAACCGACGACAUUAUAGACCAAAUUGCCAGCAAUGGUACCCAAAUCGUGGAAACACUCAUCAACAGGACGUACACAAGUAUCACCGGUGCUACCAUGAAGCUCGACAAAAACGGCGACUCCGAAGGCAACUUCUCGGUCCUGGCUCUCCAACGCGUCAGCAACCACCACGUCCACGGCAACUUCUCCUGCGCCUUCCAAAUGCGCCCCGUCGGCCAAUUCUUCUACCAGUCGGAAGAUUUUCCAGAGUACAAGAUCUACACCAACACCCAAAUCGUGUGGGCCGGCUCCGACAAACCCAACGAUGAACCCAGCUGCGGGUUCCUCAACGAGCUUUGCCCCAAACCCAACACCCACCUCAACAGCAUCAUCGCGGCCGGAGUCCUCGCUAUUCUCCUCUUCUGCGCCGGCGUCAUCACCAUGAGCAUCUACCGCAAGUGGAAAAUCGAGCAAGAAAUCGAGGGCUUGCUGUGGAAAAUCGACCGCAACGAAAUCCACAGCUACUUCGAACGGGAUGUAGUUUCUAGUCCUAGUCGGCUUAGUUUAGUUAGUGCAAGCGUCACUUCGUACGAGUCCAGGGGUGGCUUGCAAGUUUUUGCCACGACGGCGCAGUACAGGGGCGUCGUGGUGCGGAUUAAGGAGUUGACCUUCUCGCGGAAGAAGGAUAUUUCGAGGGACGUGAUGAAGGAGAUGAGGUUGUUGCGGGAGCUGCGCCACGAUAACAUCAACUCGUUCAUUGGGGCUUGCGUCGAACCUACUUCUUUGCUACUAGUCACUGAUUAUUGUGCCAAAGGAAGCCUAUAUGAUAUUAUAGAAAACGAAGAUAUUAAAUUGGACAAGAUGUUCAUCGCGUCGCUGGUUCAUGAUCUCAUUAAGGGCAUGCUGUAUAUCCACAAUUCCAUGCUUGUAUGUCACGGUAACUUAAAAUCGUCGAACUGCGUCGUGACUAGUCGCUGGGUUCUGCAAGUGACCGAUUUCGGGCUGGCGGAGAUGAGGCACUGCGCCGAGAACGACAGCAUCGGCGAGCACCAGUAUUACAGGAGUCUGUUUUGGAAGGCGCCCGAGAUUCUGAGGAGCCCUAGCGCCUACUCCCGAGGGACCCAAAAGGGAGACGUGUAUGCUUUUGCCAUAAUUUUGUACGAAAUUUUAGGGAGAAGAGGACCAUUCGGUACCACAGGUUACGAACCAAAAGAAAUCAUAGAUAGGGUGAAGCGGGAACCGUUGGACGGAGAGGAAUGUUUUAGACCUGAUAUAGGUCUUUUACUCGACUGUGAAAUCGGCUGUGAUGAUUACGUUAUACAAUGCAUGAAAGAUUGUUGGACUGAGAAUCCGGAGUGUAGGCCGGACUUUGCCACGAUUAGGAGUAGAUUGAAGAGGAUGAAGGACGGAAAGAGCAAGAACAUCAUGGACCAGAUGAUGGACAUGAUGGUGACCUACGCCAACAACUUGGAGGAAAUCGUAACGGAAAGAACCCGACUCUUGUACGAAGAGAAGAUGAAAACGGAAGAUUUGCUGCACCGGAUGUUGCCUAAACCGGUAGCCGAGCGACUGACCAGCGGUUUCGGAGUGGAACCCGAAUCUUUCGACUCCGUCACGAUUUACUUCAGCGACAUCGUCGGUUUUACUGCGAUGUCCGCUGAAAGCACGCCACUACAAGUAGUCAAUUUCUUAAAUGAUCUCUACACAGUAUUCGACAGGAUCAUUAAGGGUUACGACGUCUACAAAGUGGAAACGAUAGGUGACGCCUACAUGGUGGUGUCCGGCUUGCCUCUCCGUAACGAAGACAAACACGCGGGAGUAAUUGCCUCCAUGUCCUUGGAUUUGUUAGCCGCUGUGAAGAAUCAUUCCAUAUCGCACCGACCCAACGAGAUCCUGAAACUCCGAAUCGGGAUUCACACAGGACCCGUGGUGGCCGGAGUCGUGGGGUUAACCAUGCCACGUUAUUGCCUCUUCGGCGACACGGUUAACACCGCGUCCCGGAUGGAGAGCAACGGCGAACCCUUGAAAAUACAUAUCAGUUUGCCGUGCAAGGAAGCGCUGGAUAAACUCGGGGGUUACGUGGUGGAAGACCGGGGUUUGGUUAACAUGAAAGGGAAAGGCGAGGUGUUGACGUUUUGGUUGACCGGGGCGACUGAAAAAGCCAUCCAGAGGCGCGAAGUCGACCUAGGGGACAUUCCUCCGUUGUUUUGCAGACCCCGCAGAAGUCCAAAGUUAAAUAACGAUUCCAGACAGGCGUCUGUUUGCGGUGGCUUCGGACUCGGGGGGAUGAACAGCCGGCGCCACUCCAGCGUCCCCAGAGGUACGAGUAUCGAAGUGGAAAGCACAUCUACUCUCCAGAACGCGAGCCCGGUCCCUUUGCGCCACCUCAAAGUAAACCGUCAUAACUUACAUGUUCCAGAGCAGGGCUCCAAGCUGACUAUUAACACGGCAUUCGGGAGCCAAAUAAUCGAGAACUUUGACGAGUCACGUAGGGGUUUGCGACCGCGCCGCGUGUUAUCCAGCAUCGCCUCGAGCUCCGACGAGCAGAAAAAGAGCCAGAAUAUGCUUAACAAAAUUCGCGAGUCGAAGAGCUUGGACCCGCUGCCGCUGAUCAGGAACAAGCCCGAGCUCAUGGUAGACGGGGCGCCGCUCGAAGUGCGAAAGAGGUCGACGAGAUCGUUGGAAAACUGUGAUAAAUGCGGUGAAAUACAAAUCAUCGCGAUACCGGAUGAUAAGCUAAUUAAUAAUAAUUUUCCGAACGGGAAUAUUAUGCCUAUUCCGCCUGAAGAACUUAAUUACAUAGAGGACGUGCAGGUUCCGCUGCUCAACGCGACGCAGCAUCCGGCGGUGCGAAGGAGGGGCGGCAGCACGAUCGACGACACGCUGCAGAAUAACACUUCCAAGAGGUGGCACUCGUUGGAAUCGCUCCCCGCGACGUGUGACCCAGUGACUGACGUGCAGAACAAGAAGAAGACGUCGCUGAAGAGCUGGUUCGUGGGGCUGUUCAACGGGAACGGCCUAAAGGCGAGUAACACGUCUCUGAGGAAGGGCGUGAUCAACGAGUAUAAUAACUUAACAGAGAAAGAAAGUAUUGUAUAAAACAGUACAUAGAUUGUAGUGUUUUUGUUGGUAUAACUCGGUGUAGACCCGAAAUGAGCGAACCUAGUCGAAUUUAUUAUUAAAAAUAAAUGAAACAUUUACGUACGCAAACACUUUUAAUAGUUUAUUGAUGCCGCAGCCGCGGUGCAAACUUCGUAAGGAUCUGGAUAUUUUUUGCACCGGCGCGAUGCGGGAUAUAAAGAUUUAUAUUUUUUGAUGAAAGACGACUUACUUGGUAUAUUUUCUAUGCCCUUUUUGUGAGUAUACUGAAAUGCAUUUAUUCUACCUAUCGUGAUCUAUGUAACUGAAAGGUGCAAUUACGAUUUUUGCCAUAUUAAAGUUAUUAAGUUUUAGUUAAGUCUCCCAUUGUUUUUAUUUUGUAAUUGUAUCUUUCAAAAAAAAAAGGUAAGUUGUACAACUUAUAGAAACCGUAAUUGUCAAAUUAAUUCUCUUAGUGUCGUCGUAACUUGAAUUGAUUAGAAUUAAAUUUAUGUGAUAGCAUAAAGAAGUAAAAGAAACAAAAUUAUAUUAGUUUUAUCAAACAAGGAAAGAGUACACAAUUUUAAGUAUGUGAGAUAUAGUUUUAAGAAAUGUUUUAUAUGUAAACAUCUGUUACCAUUUUUGCAAAUUAUACUAAGUGUAUGUAAAUUCACGAUUAAACAAGUUCUUUAAGAAACCAUUGUGAUUAUAUUUUUAUAAAAUGUUUAAUUUUACUGCUGCCUAAGUGUUGAAAAGUAUAGUCGACGUUUCGUAUUACUUCUGUGAAUAGAAAUCGCUAGAUAAUUACGACAGCAUUUAAAUGUGAACCAAUUUGCAUAAUCUGACUGUUUUUCUCUCCGUUAGUAAAUAAAUCAAGAAUGGUACAAGUCAGACUUUUUGUGUUAGAGGCUGUGAAUAUUAUCUUCAUGUGUAAAUAUAAAUAAUGUAAGGAUCAUAUCUUUGCACUAUAGAAUUUAUAUGUGCCAUUAACUUAUAAAGUUUGUGUAUAUGAGGUACCUAAAUCUUAUGUAAAUAGAGUGUUACUGUAGGUAUUGUUUGAUAAUAUACUUAUUUAUUUAUUAA